UCUAUUUUAAUGAGUAUGGAUCACCAAUGGCGGUUUUAGUUCCGUUUUCAGAUAUCCAACCAAAGAUUUACGCAACUACAGAAAAGGCAAAAUCCCGUCCAUCUUAUCUGCACGAUACAGGGAGACGCCGAACCUCUAGUCAUCACUACAUUGACCUUGAUGUAACUUCUGAAGAAGGCGGCGAGGAUGAGGAUGGCGAAAGUGAAGAGCGUGCCCUUGAAGCGGCCGAUCCUGAGGACCCGUAUGUUAGCCUUGGUGCUAUACGGCGAAAAGAAGAGAGGGACAAAUGCGAGAGUCCACUUAGAGAAGGGGGACUUGCAAAUUGCAGUCAGUCACUCGAUGAUGAGUUUGGUACUGACUACACAAUUCUCAGAUCCCCUUUGGUCCCCGGCAUGGUGCCGUCUCCCUCCUUGAAGAGCAUCCUUCGGUUUACUCAUGAUUUGACUGAAAGCUCUUCGUACUACCAAGUACCGAAGAAUAGGAGCAUUGAUGAGGAUAUUUAUAUCGAUGAGGAUGGUGCAAGUAGUCAGAGCGAUGACGAGGAGCUAGAAGAGUUGAAAACAACCGGUGUGGCAGGAAACUUCCCAGAAAGAAAAUCUCUAAGAAGUCGAUGUCCUGACUCCCUUCCUCGCAAUGCACCGCCUCCUAUUCCAGACCGCUCACCACUUUAUCGAAGAGAGUCCACGCCGAUUACGCUAGGGGGAUUUACACAAAGAACCGCUUCUACUUUGGGUGCUUCAAUGGUUAAUGGUUUGGGAAGUAAGACGCUUUCGCCAGCAACUCCAGUUUCACGUAGAGAUACGUCAGCAGUGAACAAGACGACCAUGAUGUCGUCUCUGUUAUUCGAAUUUCGAGCUCGCCAUAGUGUAACCAAUAUCUCGUCAGCUACGGUUGAUGACCAUGACGGUUUGGCCGGACUAUCCGGAAACCACCCGAUCGAUGACAUACCACCACCUCUUCCUCCUCCUCGGCAAACGAUAACUCCCUAUCCUGAAAAGGUCCAAGUAACAUCACCGUCACCCCCACCACCGUCACCUCCAUCUCCAACACCAUCAUCAUCAUCAUCUUCAUCACCAUCACCACCACCGCCACCGAUUCCAUCGCCACCUUCCGAAGACGGCGUGGAAGACUUGAGCGUGCUCCCUAUCGCUGACUUUCCUCCUCCUCUUCCAGAGAGGUCGCUUUCUCUGGCUUCCUUGUCUUCGUUGACAUCGGGGGUCUCGGCCGCCUCUGUAGCUUCUGUAGAUUCAGUGAAAUCAGCGACAUCGGUGGAGAGUCUUACGAGCCUAUCAUCAUUUACAGGCCUACCAAUGUCAGAUAGCCAAAGUUUCCCAGAUUCAAUCAAGACGUUGAAGGCGAAUAAUAUGAAUCGCUACCCAACAUUCUCCACGAUGCGACACAAACGCACUGAAACGCUCGGAAGGAUGCAUGACAAGGGAAGUGUUUCACUUGGGCGUUCCGUAUCAUGCUUGUCUCCACAUGGCCAUCGGAACCUCGCGGCCGCCAAUCGGAAGUUGCCACCGCUUCCGAUUAGCAAUAAGCAGUCCGAGGUGUCACCGAUUUCCGACUAUACUCUUGAACCGAAGACAACGACUUUCAGACGACCACGUCCAUUUAGUAGCGAGAACAUCCUCGAAGGCACUCGGGAUUUCCCACCUCCGCUUCCGGCAGACCGAUCAUCAUCCAUGGAGAACUUGCUUCGUCAAAAUAGGGCAGGUUAUGCUAACUCACACGGAGUACCUGCUACGGGACCGGCUACACCGCCUCGGAUGUCGGCGACGCCCUCAAAAUCAGCUGCAAAAGUUAAACGUCAACGGAGCUACUUCGCUUCAAAUCGCAGUAGGGCUCCGACGCAGAAGCCCCAAAUCCCCACCGCCAACAUUGCCCCGAGACCUUCACCACUAAGCAACAUCAUGCUCUCUCUUUCGAAGUCACACGACGGGGCUAUACCUCGAAGACAUGAUCCAUUACCUAGCCAUCAAGCGACUUCAACAGAAGAUGGCGAUUCUGAUGGCAAUUCCGAUGAUGAUUCCGAUGAUGAUGGCGAUCAUAAUUAUCUCUAUCCAGAGGCGCCGACAUAUGACGACACUGAAACGUACCCAUCGAAUAGUGCUGCUUUGAAUGUAACGCCUCCAACUGUACCGGCUCGAAUCGCGAAAAAAUCUGCCAGCCUACCCCGCAGUUGCAUCAAGAAUCUCAAGGACAUACCAGUGGACAUCGCUACCCUUAGCUGCGAUCAGAUCGCUCAGGCACUUCGUCUUCUUAACAUCCGUGAUGAUAUCAUCGACAAACUCCGAUCGGAAAAGAUGAACGGCGAGCUUCUUAAGUCGAUGUCAGAGGAGAUACUUCGAACCGAGUUUCACAUGUCGCAAUUCCACGCCAUCAAAGUCAUCAAAUUCGUCAAUGGAUGGCGACCCUAAGAGAAUGCAUCAGAGUCAUCAAGUUCAUCAACGGAUGGCGACCUUAAGAGAUUACAUCAAAGUCAUCAAGUUCAUCAACGGAUGGCGACCUUAAGAGAUUACAUCAAAGUCAUCAAGUUCGUCAACCGAUGGUGACCUAAGAGAUUACAUCAGAGUCAUCAAGCUCAUCGACGGAUGGCGACCUUAAGAGAUUACAUCAAAGUCAUUUAGUUCGUCAACGGAUAGUGACCUUAAGAGAUUACAUCAAACUCAUUGAGUUCAUCAACGGGUUGCGAUCUUUUAAGAGACUGUAUAAAAAAAACUAGUGAAUUUUAUUUCCAGAAACUGACAAGUUGGGUGGUGGACUUUUAUGUACAAGUAUAUACUUUAAUAUCGGUGCAGUAUCAAGUCACCUUUUUCUCAAAUUGCCUCAAGUGACCAAAGUCGUUAAGAUAUUCAGAAUAAUUGAAUCAUAUUGAUUUUUCUUUAUCUGAAUUCGACUGUCGAUUGUACAUAAAUCUCCCAAAUGUCAUAGUUUUGACGGUCUUCCUUAGAUAUCAUAAUCAAUCACGUAGCUUUUUCUGCACUAACAAUUAAGUCAAACUAUAAACGUGUUCACUUCAAAAAAAUUAUGUCCGCUGAUACUCUGCCAGGGUGGUUCUUGAAAACGGUAAUGAAUAAACAAUCCUGGUAGAAGUAAUAGAGGUUAAUGGAACGGGGUUCUUGAAGACCUAUUUUCAAGCUCGAAUCCUAGAUCGACUCCUCUUAGUGGACCGUUUCUUACAAUGAGUUGUGACUGAUCUCAACUAUGACAAUCCAAUGUUCUUAUUCUCCAUAAAGGAAAAUUUCACAGUGUUUCUGUUGAGCGCAUCGUUUUGGCAAAGCAAUGACGUAUGUGGAGCGUCGGGGCCCAGUGGAUUAGUCUCCGGACUUUGAAACAGAGGGUCGUGGGUUCAAAUCCCAGCCAUGGCGUAAUUUCCUUCAGCAAGGAAUUCAUCUACAGUGUGCUGCACUCGACCCAGGUGAGGUAAUGGGUACCGGCAGGAAGUAAUUCCUCAAAAAGCUGUGUGCACCGAAUAGGUAGCCUAGCUUAGCCGGGUGAUAAUAGCAGGGCCCGCUGGGAGAACAGUUUUCGGAACUGAAGUGGCUACCCUGGGUAAAUAUACCUUUAUUAUUAUUAUUAUGCACAAGUAUAAUUCAUAUUUAGAAGGGAAACAAAUGGUCAUACAUCUGCAUUAACAUGACAAAUGUUGUUGACAUUGCUGUCUUUUCAUAAUUAUGAUUGAUCAGAUAAAUCUUAACUCGUUCUAAAAUUGGGUCCUGGGUCCCGUCUUACAUAGAGUUACAAUUAUUGAUCCAAUCAAUCGUAACUCUAUGGAAACCCAUCAGUGUCAUAAUUUUUUUCUACAUGAAAUUUGCAAAAUAUCCUUUGUAAACAAAGGCAAACACACCAAAUUGUGAAGAAAACAAUGAAUUUAUGUAGUAAUAUACAUCAUAUAUAGAAAAAAAUGAAGAAACAUGCCCCGGGAAACAUGCAUUUUAGAUGUGGGCGUCGUUGGCUUUCCAUAGUUGAGAUUGAUCAGAUCAAUCGCAGCUCUUUGUUAGACGGGGCCCUGAUGUACCAUCUCAACACGUGGUACAAGGCUGGGUUUGGACUCUCUUGUUGCUGGAAGAAUGUGAUACCACCAUACCACCAAAGACCGACGUGAACUUAUAAAGAGAAUUUGUAUGAUUUUGGUAUAAGGUUCGAAAGUCCGUCAUAAGUCUUGCAUUUUAUUCGUGUUAUUGCAAACUUGAUAUUGAUUAGUGAUAAGUUUUUAGCAAGAGAAGGAAUAAAAUGUUUGUGUGUGUGUGUGUUAUUGUCAUCAAAAUAUUUCAAUAAGUUAGUGUACCGAUACCAUUCGAUUCGCACCGUAAUUACCCUGUCAAUAUACAUGUAUAUCUUCAAAUGUUAUCAAAUCCAAAUGAGCAUUAUCAGGCUUUGUGUGACUUAUAUCUCGUGUAGGCCCGACUGAUUAUACUCUCUUAUCCUUACAUGGUGGUAGAGCCUGAGCCUACUGAUGCCCUGAACAUUUUGCGAUAUGCCCAUGUAGAGGUUGGUGAUAUCACUGAAUCUUAAGAUAAUUCACAUUUGAUAGAAUUUGACAUACAAAAUGUAUCUUUCACGCAUAUUAAGUCAGCCCAUCGAAACACUGAAACUAUCUACCAUUGGAAUGAAUGAUAUAAAAUUUCAGUCACGUGGCGGUGAAUCUUUGUACGAUUGGUUUAAAGUUAAUCACCUAGAAAAAGAGACAUGUUCGCCCAUCAGUCACACAAAGCAAAAUAUUAUGCACUCACAAUGCUCACAGUGUUGCGUUUGAUUAUUUGAGCUGUGUUUGAUUAUACUGAUGGAGUUAAUUACGUGUAGUUGAAGCCUGAGCCUAUCAUUGGUUGAGAUGCAUUCCUUUACCUUAACAAUCUAUCGACUUUUUUGCGAAUAUUAUAGGGCCUGCAUUGCAUGAUAGCUACCAAUUCUCCAAUUAUGCCAAUAGUAGACUUGACUCUGUCAAAAUGUUUAUUGCAAAAAAGCAGAAAAAUAAUUUGAAUAUAUUGGUGAAGGUUUGAGGAAAAUCCAUCAAAGAUUAAAACAGUUUUUAGAAGUUUAUUUUCUAUUUGUGACGUCAUAUGCGAUAGCUUCCCAAUAUCGUUUAGUAAAAAAAACAUCAAUUAAAGUUCAUUGUAUGAAAAAGGGGAAAUUGUUUUUACUGUACAUAGGCGGAUCCAGGGGGCCCGAGGGGGCCCGAGGCCCCCCCCCCCCUUAUAUUGGCGGAGCAAUAAAAAUAAAGAAAAAGAAGGAGAAAGAGGAGAGAAAAAGAAGAGGAAGACGAGUAAAUAAAAUAAGGUGAGGGGAAGACUGGGAAAAUAAAAAGAAAAUCUUUCAUGUUAAUAAUAUAUGAAAUUUUCGCUCGCGCUCGCAUUGCAUGUUGGAUGAGAUACAUAUCUUGCUUAAUAGGCUGAUAUGAAGCUUUAAAUGUCAAAUUUUGAAGUCAUUAUACAAAACAUAGUUCAGCUUGGACAUCAAGCUUUCAUCAUUUUGUUUAAUUUACACAUUUAUUUUGAAAAAGUGUUCUUUAAAAUGUCCGUUUUAUUGUCUGAGUAUCAAAAUGUUCAGCUCGCGCUGCGCGCUCGCAUUAUUUGAUUUGUCAAGUACCUAUCUUCUAUUCGUGUAUUCCAUAAAGUUCUCAAAAUAUCCCUUUUUAGGUUUGAUUGUCAAAACUUAUCAAGUACAGUAGCCCUGCGCGCACGCAUUUUGGUUGGUGAGUAAUGUAUACCCCUGUACAGUAAUUCUAUAACAAGCUAUUUAAAAAACCCUUUCCAUGACAGUUCAUCAAUAAUUUCGGCUCGCGAUUUGCGCUCCCAUUUAUUUUUAAGAAUAUAUUAACCCAUGCAUCCUAGUCAUAAUUGCAUAAGUGCUUAAAAUGUUCAUAUCAACAAAUUAAAUUUCGCGCUCUCAUAAGGCUUAUUAGAUAUUGAUAAGAUAACAUUAACAUUUUCAUGAAUUCCUAAUAAUUAAAAAUGUCCCUUUUUUGGAUUAUCUCGCGCUGAGGAAGGGAAAUAAAAAGAUAGUCAUCAUUUUCAUAUGAUGACAAAAUGUCCUUAGAAUGUCUCGGUCCCGGGUCAAUGCAAUAAUAAUAGUAUCAGAUUGCGCUUCGCGCUCGUAUCAUUUAUUAAUGCUUCUGCUCACGCUUCACGGUCGCAUUAUUGAUAUAGGAAGAUACCCAAUUACCCAUCCUUUUCAUGAUUUGCAAAACAUGAAUAGAGUGUCCCUUUUGGGGGGUCUAAGUCUCGAUUUGUUUUUCCGGUCGCGCUUCGCACUCGCAUUUUUUAGUAAUAUAUUUAUUCUGUUCUUGAUAACAAAGUGCUCGGAAUGUCCAUUUUUUAGGUCGGAAUGUCAAAAAGUUUCAGCUCGCGCUUCGAGCUCGCAUUAUUUGAUUGUUUGAAUAUGUAUCGUCUUCAUGGCUAUAACUGCAAACGGCCCUUAACAAAUCGAUCCAUUUUCGAUCAGGCCAGAACGUAUACUAAAAAUUUCUGCUCGCGUUUUGCGCUCGCAGUAUAUGUAGUAUACAUACGCAUCUUGCUCAUGCAGGAUCACAAACAUUGGAAUGAUCAAUCUUCAGGACAAAAAAUAAUGAAAUUUCCAAGCAAAUUUAGCUCGCGCUUCGCGCUCGCACUAUUUAUAAAGGACUUAUGAGAUUAUAUAUGAAUGUUGGUUUAUAAAACUAUAGCUAAGAAGUGACUGUUAUGACUAUAUCCCUUCAAAGAAACAAACAACAAUCAACUUUGAGCGGCCGAUCGGGGAAAAUAUGGGUUAAAAAAAUUCGGGUGCCCCCUAUUGGCGAAAGCCCCUGAGCACUGAACCUUCAGUAUCUUAACAGGCAAACAAUUUGACACCCGCUCCUGAAAAAAAAAUAUUCAUCAUCCCCAUUAACAUGAUUAAAAAAAGAAAAUUUAUGCAUUUUAUAUCUGGCACCUGCUCGUAUAAUGAACUUUUUUGUAAUCUUUGAUGGAUUUUCCUCAAACCUUCACUAGUUUUUUUUUCUGGAAUUUUAACAACACACUUUUAGUUAUAGGGUGAACUUCCCCUUUAAUACGGGAUGGGAGUUACUCCGGGCUAAAAUUAAUUCAAUAAACUCAUGAAAGUGAAGUCAAUUUCAGUGUGGUUUAAGAAUACUGAUAAUAGAGAAUAUUGCAUGUAUAUUUUACUUAAACAAUUCGAACACUAAAAGAAGUUUUUGCUAUUUCACUGCUAUAAACACAGUUCAGUUAAUAAACUUUGUUUGAAACACAAUAAA